AUGCUCAUUGAAGAGAUUGUUGGUUUAUGCUGUUUUAAUAAUAUUUGUAGUCUGAAAAUAGUUGUUUUAGCUUAUUUGGCCCCAAUAGAAACAGAGGAGACUGUGUGGGCAGCAGUGGGUGAUCAAGCCUCUCUAAGCUGUCAGCUCACUGAGGAUAAAGAUGUUCUCCAGAUCACCUGGCAGAAAGUCCGCCAUGAUGAACAGAAGAAUCUGGCCACCUACACCAAGAAAUAUGGUUACAGCCUGAGAGUUGGUCUGAUAGAGAAGAUGGAUUUUCAGCAUGAAGAUCUUCAGAGCUGCUCCAUGGUGAUCAGGAAGGUGAUGGAGGAGGAUGAAGGCUGCUACCAAUGUCUGUUUAACACCUAUCCUGGAGGAAUCCUGAUAGGCAGGACCUGCCUCAGACUCUGUGGUGAGGAAAGGAGACAUGCUGUGGAGCACCUGAAGGUGAUGGUUAAUCAUCAAUGA